UUUGUGUUGUUCCUUGUGUUUUGUUUAAUUUUAAUUGCGAAAUUGAAAUAAAAUUUUAACGCUGACGAUUUUGAAUCUCAUCAGAAAAUGUCGUGCUUUCUCUGCUUCAUAUGUCACAACACAGUUCACAGUGAUACAAAUGUUGAAACACGGGAAAAAUACAAAGAAUUGGUUGGAACGAAAUUAUGUUUAGACUCUCAUCUGUGCCAUGUAUGCUGUCAUUUGCUAAGAAAGCUAUGGUUAUUUAAGUCAAUAUGUUUGAGAAGGAGUAUGGAGUAUCCUGUGUUGUUUAGUGACAGAGGCACAGUCUAUCUACAAACUAGCCAGAUAGAAACUGUCAUCCUAUGCCCAGACAUAGAAGAAUGUCAACAACAUACAAACACAUCAUACCACUUCACAUUUGAAAACGAUAACACCAACCAAUAUGUAUCUUUAGAAGAUAGAACAGAUAAAACAGACAUAGCGGAAGAAAAAGAUGAAAAUAUUGAGUCAGAUGAUGAUGUUACAGAAUUUAAUGUUUACGAACAAGAUAUAGAAACGCAAAAUGAUAUAAAGAUGGAAAACAUAAAUGAAGCUACAGAAGAAAUGAAACCUAAGGAAGAAUUGAAUAAGAAUAGUGAUUUUUACAAAAUUAUUUUAAGCGCUGAAGAGCAGAAGGCGGAGUUAGAAGCGAAGAGACGAGAAGACAAGUAUAUGGAGGCAGAGUUUAAAUGCUUUAAUUGUGCUUUGGGGUUUUUGUUUAUAGAUACCUAUCAAGCUCAUAUGAUGAGACAUGAAGAGUCAAACGGCGAGCACCUCUGCCCUAUCUGUUUCCUCCGCUUCGCAUCUUCUGCCGUGCUGCGCGCGCACACGCAGACGCACCGCGAGCGCGGCGUGUGCGCACGGUGCGGCGCGACCGUCGGCGCGCGGCGACGCAACGCGCAUAGAGCUAAAUGUAUCAACAACAAUCAAGUUAUAUGCCAUUUGUGUUCUAAGGCUUUUACCGAUGGUAACAGCCUACAACAGCACAUCAAGCGCUUCCAUCUCUCAAAAACCAGCAAAAAAAUAUGCUCCUGUCAUGUGUGCGGCAAGACUUAUAAGAACCAAGCGGCCGUACGGAUGCAUAUGAUAAAACACAUAAACAAGAAGUUCCCCUGCCCCACAUGCGGCGCGCGGUUCAGCUCGCCGUACACGCUGGCGGCGCACGGCCGGCGGCACUUCGGCAAGGGCCUCGCGCGAAGAAGCGCGCCAACCAUCCACCACCAUAUCCUCCCCUGCCAACUGUGCUCAAAAACCUUCGCCACGCAGCGCUCCCUAGCGUCCCACAUGCAAACAGUACACUCCACCGACAAGAAAUACUGCUGCAAUAUGUGUAGAGCGAGUUAUACUAGCAAGAAGUCCUUGAGCGCUCACAUACGGAGGCACACGGCGCAGCCGAAACAGUGCUUGUGUCAUCUCUGUGGGGCCAGCUUCCAGGGUAACAGCAAACUCAACAGACAUCUAAGGUCGGUGUGCGAAAAGAACAAGUUAGAAGAAGAACUAUCGGCUUUUUAUAAUCAAGAAUAAGUAUCAAACUAUACCUACUACCAAUAGGGAGCGUGCAUAAACUGUAGGGGGCAGCACAGGAGAAGUCAGAUUUUUGGCGCGAGGCGUAAAUGUGUAGUUUAUGCUUCCAAAGUAGCCCACAAGAUGGCAGCACUUGCUUUGGCGUGAAGUGUCAAUGUACAUGUGAUGUACAUGUUUAUGGUUCCGAUUCAGGCCACAAGAUGGCAGACCCUCCAACGCGCACGGUCCCUAUAGGGAGCGUGCAUGAACUAUAGGGGGCAGCAUAUGAGCCGUCAGAUUUUUGGCGCGAGGCGUAAAUAUCAAGUUUAUGCUUUCGAUGUAGCCCACAAGAUGGCAGAACCUACUAUGCACAAGCAAACGUACGAGAACGGUAGAUGGUAGCGCUUGCUUUGGCAAUGUACAUGUUUAUGUUUCCGAUUCAGGCCACAAGAUGGCAGACCGUCCAAUGCGCACGGUCC